CGCCCCACUGGUUUUUGCUUUUUAUUGCAUUUUUCUGCUUCCUGCUUCGAAGUGAGUUAUUAUUUUAUUAUUUUUGUUGUGGUUCUGUUUGGAUCCAGACAGAUCAGAAGGUUCUGUUCCAGGACAACCCACUCAUCCUGGAACAUUUACCAGGCCAACCCUGGAAAGACUCUGGACCAGGUUUUGUCUGACCUUCCUCCAGAACCAGGAGAAUUUACGGGUCAGAACCGGGUCCAUCUGUUUCUCACCAGCAUCUCCUCUUCUUCCUCCUGGUUCUGGACCGGUUGGUUCUGGAUGUUCUCUGCCCUCAUCAUCGUCCUGGAGGAGUUUCGGGUUGCCAUGGCGAUGGGUCCGUUAACUUCAGAGGAACUCUGAUGUUUCAUCAUCCUGCAGCUGCAGGCCACGCCCCCUUUCUCUGGCUCUCCAGGGUGCGGCCCCCCAACCAGAACCAGCAGAACCAGACUGAUCCCAUCUCCAGAACCAUCAGAGACAAACUCCAUGUCCUCCUAGAACUUUUAGAACCUCUGAAGAUCUGAGAAGGUCCUUGAGACGAGUUCCUCUGACGGUCCAGAUAGGACAGACUGAUAGUGGUAGACGUGGUAUCCAUGACAACAUUAAGUUCUUUUGAGGGUCCAUACAGCUGAAGAUGGCCGCAGCGUUUCAGGACCCAUCAGGUUCAGCGGACCUGACUGUAAUUAAUAUCGGUGUAGAAGACUGUGUGCGUCUAACAUACGUUAAUUUCAGAUUUCUCAUCAAUUGAAUCUUCCUCGGUCAGAAGCAAAAGGUCAACUCCACCAGUUUAUUAAUGGGAGAGGAUGGUACAGAUGAUGAGGUGGAGAUAGUAACAAGGCGUUUGCGGCUCUAAUCCUGCUAAGUGGAUCAACGUUCCUCGGAGACUCUAAGCUCUUUAGACGCUGAAGCAGAGUUCUGUCCACCAGUUGGACCGGGCCAUCAUGGGAGCCGGUGUCGACCCGACUGGGAGCAGACCCUGAACAGGACUUACCUUUGAACCUGGGAGACCCACAGAUCAAGGGUCAGAACCAUCUGGACCUGGUUCUAGAGCAAAGUCAAAAACUUGACCUCCAUAGAGCUGGACCAGAACCUCUGGUACUGGGUUUGGUUCUGUAAGUACUCUAUGUACAUAGGAGCCAUGGACCCUGAAGACCCGUCUCCUCUGCACCGAUUCGUGGUUGCUAAACGAUCGAUCGGGUCGAUCUUCGACCAGCUGCUGGAGUUUGUGAAGAGCGGUUCUGCCUUUGUGGACGAAGCCGUUCAGAACCAGGACCUGGGUCCGGUUGCUGUGGAGGAGCAGAGCCUGGAGAUGCAGAGCUGUGCCACCAAGCUGGCCGCCAUCAGGGAGGUUCUGCUGCGGAGAACAAUGAAGGUGGCCUUCUUCGGCAGAACCAGCAACGGGAAGAGUACGGUGAUCAACGCCAUGCUGCGGGAGCGGGUGCUGCCAAGCGGCAUCGGCCACACCACCAACUGCUUCCUGAGCGUGGAGGGGACGGACGCUGCCGAGCCAUACCUCACCACCGAGGCGUCUGCCGAGCGCCAUGCCGUCUCUACAGUCAACCAGCUGGCCCACGCGCUGCACAUGGACCCGGCGCUCGACUCAGGCAGCCUGGUCCGAGUGUUCUGGCCCAAGAACCGCUGCGCCCUGCUGAGGGACGACCUGGUUCUGAUGGACAGCCCAGGGACGGACGUCACCCUGGAGUUGGACAGCUGGAUCGAUAAGUUCUGUUUGGACGCCGACGUCUUUGUUCUGGUGGGGAACGCCGAGUCGACGCUGAUGAACACGGAGAAGCUGUUCUUCCAUAAGGUCAGUGAGCGGAUCUCCAAGCCGAAUGUCUUCAUCCUCCAUAACCGCUGGGACGCCUCGGUGACGGAGCCCGAGCUCAUCGACCAGGUGAGGAAGCAGCACCUGGACCGCUGCAUCAGCUUCCUGUCUGAGGAGCUGCGGGUCGUUGAACCGGACCGGGCCGCUGGCAGGAUCUUCUUCAUUUCCGCGAAGGAGGUUCUGAUCUGCAGGACGCAGCGGAACCAGGGCAUGCCGGAGACAGGGGGCGCUAUGGCUGAGGGCUUCCAGGACCGACUGACAGAGUUCCAGAAGUUCGAGAGAACCUUCGAGGAGUUCAUCUCUCAGUCGGCGGUCCGGACCAAGUUCGAGCAGCACACGGUGCGGGCGUGGCAGAUCACCGAGGCCAUCAAGACCGUCAUGGACGCCAUCAACAUCGCGUCGGCCGACAGGAAGAUCUGUUGCCUGGAGGAGCGGGAGGAGCAGCGGGACCGGCUGGACUUCGUCCGGGGUCAGAUGAGCCGUCUGAGCGACAGCGUGAAGAACCGGAUCAGAACCCUGACGGACGACGUCACCGCCAAGGUGGCCUCGGCGCUGCUGGACCAGAUCCAUUCCCUGCCGGUUCUGGUGGAGGAGUUCCGGGCCGACUUCAACCCGACCCCGGAGAACCUGGAGCUCUACAAAGCUAAACUGGUGCAGCACCUGGAGCAGCGUCUCUCUGGGGGUCUGGCUCAUCGUUGCCAUGGCGAUGUCCUCAGGGACAUCCGGGACGCACAGAAACUCAUGACAGACAGCGUGCGUCCCCUGGUGUCGCCGUCCGUCCAGCAGCAGCUCUGCGCUCCGUCCUCGUCCUUCGAGAUGACCUUUGACCUCAGCCUGGCCCCCCUCUGUGCCGACUUCAGGGAAGACAUCGAUUUCCGGUUCUCCCUGGGCUGGACCGCCCUGGUGACCCGCUUUGUCGGCGCCACCGGCGCCCACCGGGCGCUGGCCGUCCCUGAGGUUAGCGCCGCCCGGUGGACGGGUCGUCCGGCGGGACGGGCCGCUGACACGCUGCUCUGUCUGCAGGACGGACCGUCCCUCAAGGACCGGCUGGUGGUUUCCAUGGCAACGGGCCUGGUGUCGGUGUCCUCCAGGGCGUCCAUGGCAGUGCUGCUGAUCGGGGGCGUGGUGUGGCGCUCGGUGGGCUGGCGGGUCGUGGCCCUGUCCGUCUCCCUGUACGGUUUGCUCUACCUGUAUGAGAGACUCACCUGGACGGCGUCCAGCCAGGAGCGCGCUCUGAAGCAGCAGUUCACAGAGUUUGCCGCCUUGCGCCUCCGCGCCGUCGUUCCCGUCACCAGCUCUGCCUGCAGCCAGCAGGUGUUCAAGGAGCUGACCUCCACCUUCGGCCGCCUGACCCAGAGAGUGGACCUGAGCGAGGCGGAGCUGGAGGGACGGAUCCGGCAGCUCACCUGCAGGAUCCAGAGGCUGGAGGCGACCCAGAGGAAGUCCAAGGCCUUCAGGAACCGGGCCACGGAGCUGGAGACCCAGCUGGAGGCCUUCUCUGCUCGCUACCUGCAGGUUGCGGACUGAAACAGCAGCGGUUUGGAUCCACUUGCUCCAACCAGAACCAGGACCGGGCUGGAGGAGUGUGGUUCUGCCUGUGGUGGUGUGGGCCUGCUGUGGACAGACUGAGGCAGUACCAGGGUUUGGUUCUGGUCUCACUCGGGUUCAUCUGGUUCUGAUCCGUGACUUUCCAGGUGCUUGAGGUGAAGCUCUGCCUCCACCAGAUGUUGCUGUGACCUCUGAAAUGUUUAAAAGCCUUUAUCCUGUAAAUGAUUCUCUG